UCUYAUUAAUUUCUUGAAAGAAUUGGCAGAAUAUCAUCAAGCUAAAGAGACUUGUGAUAUGGAAACUCAGACAAGUUCAACAUGUCCUAACAAAGACUCACUUGCUGAGAAGCUUCAGCUUAUCGAUGAUCAAUUUGCAGAUGCUCAUCCUCAGCAUCCAAAGCUAGAGUCUUUAGAAAUGAAGCUAAAUGAAUAUAAAAAAGAAAUAGAACAGCAACUUCRAGUAGAGAUUGGUCAAAAGUUGAAGUAUUUUAAAGAAACUGAAAUAGCAAAACUUAAAAUGGAUGAGAAAAGGAAGUAYGAGAAGGAAUUAUCUGAGUUCCGAAACGAAUUUAAGAGGACUUAUCAUGCAAAAAAUGAAGCCCUCAUUUCUCGCGAAAAGAAUGCUCUUAAAAGAAUUCAGAAGCACCAGGAGACUGAAGCAAAAGAAAUUUAUGCUCAAAGGCAGCUUCUACUAAAAGAUACAGAUCUGCUAAGAGGCAGAGAAGCAGAGCUGAAGCAAAAAGUUGAUGCUUUUGAAUUGACCCAGAAACUCCAAGAAGAAAAAAAUAGAAGUACUGCUGAAGCACUUAAGARACGAGAACAGAAUAUAAAGAGUAUUGAAGAGAGCUAUGAUCAAAAGCUCAAGAAUGAACUUCUAAAGUAUCAACUUGAACUAAAGGAUGAAUACAUCAAUAGAACUAACAGACUGAUUGAAGAUGAAAGRAGGAAUAAAGAAAAAGCUAUUCAUUUGCAAGAGGAGCUCAUAGCUUUUAAUUCAAAAAAGGAAGAACUAAGUCAAUCUAUAAAUCGUAUAAAAGAACUUGAGCUUGAAUUAGAGUCUGUCAAAGCCCAGUUUUUGACAAUAACACAACAAAACCACUUGCUGAAUGAAAAGAUUAAAGAGAUGAAUGAUUACUCAGUACUAAAAGAAGAGAAGCUAGAACUUCAGGCACAAAAUAAAGUACUUAAACAACAACUGGAAGAGAAUAAGAAUGAAAAUUUGAAUCUCCUAAACCGCAUAGCUCAGCCGUCUCCUGAGCUUCUGGUUCUUCAGAAAGAAUUGAAGARAGCAGAAAGUACUAUAGCACUUGAGCAUAAGGAGUUUGAAACUCAUAGACAAGUUCUGCAAAAACAGCUGCAAAGUGAAAUUGAACAUUCUGCACAGCUAAAGGCCCAGAUAUUAGAUUAUGAUGCUUCUGUAAAGAGGUUAAAUAUUCAAGUUGGUGAUUUAAAAUUGCAACUGAAACACACUCAGACAGCCCUGGAGAAUGAAGUGUACCGCAACCCAAAGCAGUCUCUGAGCCAUCGGUCUGUGAGUGGGCUAAUAAGUGGCAAAAUGGUGCCUCACAGUGGUGAUACAAGCAGGGAUUUCUCAAACAGCCCUCUUGGCCAGGAGAAGGUUAUGGCAGUUGCAAUUGUACCAAGAAUCACAGGUUAUCCAAAUACAGGAAAAGAGGCUGGUUCCCCAGACUCUGACCUUGAGUUUGUGRCCAGUACAAAAGCCAGGGUAAAAGAGCUAGAGCAAGAGGCCGAACGCUUGGAGAAAGCUUUCAGAGAUUACCAUCGAAGAGUUCUUCAAAACCCGGUUAAGAGCCCACCACUAGCAAAGAGUCCACCGUCUUCGCACUUACGGGGAACCCUCAAAACUGUCACUUCUAGCUCCCUGGAAAGAUGUGCUUUUACAGAAGACCRAGUUAUCCCUGAGCACCCAGAAAGACGGAUGUUGGCAGAGGACAGAGUUUUCUCUGGGCAACCUCARGUGGGCACACCUAACGAGGAAAAGAGUGCUGCCUCUGAGGCACAGACAGGCARCACAGCUUCGCGGGCACGCAAGAGUACUUCUUCCAGACGUCUCUCCUCCACGCCCCUUCCAAAAGCAAGAAGAAGCCUCAAUAAUGAAAUGUAUUUGGAAGGUGUGGGCAAAUCACUUCUUGCUUCCCCCAAUUCUUGUCCUGACAGAAUGUCCCAGCCAUCACCCGUGGAAUCUGGGCAUAACCUCUCUGCCCCUUCCUCCUCCAGCCCUCCAGAACAGAAGGCCAGUCUUCAUCAGAAACAGACUGAAACUCAAGAAAAAAGUGAAUUUUUGAAUCUGGACAAGCUAGCUUUUAAGGAUAAUGAGGAAUUUGAAUCAUCUUUUGAAUAUGCAGGGAACAGGUCAAGACAGUUUGAAGCAGAUGGGUUGCACCCUGCUGGUGAUAUGCCUCAUGUGGAUGCUGCUACAGCUACUCUGCCUACAAGACCUGUCCCACAUCAUAACUCMAGUAUUGAUCAGAAAGAACUUGRAGAACAAAAGGAAGAUGAAAAAUCAUGGGAGCAGCAAAUGAAAGAACGAAGGCAAAGAGAAGAACAAAGGCAGAGUGAACGGCAAGAAGCUCUAGAAAGGGAACGAAGAGAACUGGAAAAACUGGAUCAGGAAAGGAGAAUGAUUGAAGAAUCACUGAAGAUUGAAAUGAAAAAAGAAUUAGAAAUGACUGUUCAAGAUGUGAGAGACAAAUCUACUCAUGGAGAAAAUCCUUUAGAGAAAUAUAUGAAAAUCAUCCAGCAGGGGAAAGACCAAGAGUUAUCUGCAGAUAAGAGCUCAAAAAAGAUAACCRGAGAAUGCUCAGUAGUGGACACACUGCUAUCCAGUGACAAGGAUGAAAGUUCCACAGGCUUUUCUCAUGAAGAACCAGAUGACAUUUGGUAAUCAUGUUAGCUGCCCAGACUUCCCACAUACAACAAUUAUGUAAMCCCUCAUCCUUUCCAAAUGUUUCUCUGUA